CAAUUUUUGAACUGGAAGAAAGCUUGCGUGUUCAAGAUUUGUGCGGUUGUGUUGUUAAUGCACACCAUUCAUUCAGUAUAGGUCCCAGCAGUUCAUUCUGUUUAACAUGCUUGAGACCUUUGUUUGCUUGAAUUAACCUCCUUAUAAAUCUUGCUGUUAAUCCCUGACUUUUGAUUGUGAUGCUGUUUCAGGAUUCUUGUCUGCCAUGGGCGACUACACAAUCCGGGUAAGCACCAGCUUGAUCGAGCAGCUCGCGCGCGAUGACGAGAAGCAGGUGAAGAGGAGGACCAGGAAACCCAAGCCGAGGAAGGUCGUGGAGCAACCAGAGGAGCCUCAGGACAAUGGCAGGGAACUUCCAACUGAACCCAAGAGCAGCCCUGCUCCUGUUUUGCCUUUUCCGCCACCCAUGUACCUACCAGUGACCCCCGCUCCUCCACCACCCCCGCCGGCGAUCCAGGAGGUGGAAGCCAUACGAGCAGUGGUUGUGGAGAGCGAGAAGGUGCUGGAGAAGCUGCAGAAGAAGGAGGCGACGAUGCGCGAGGAGCUCACCAAGAGGGCCAAGGAGCUGCACGACAAGGAGUUCAAGCUGCCCUACCAGAACCCCUCCCCGUGCACCGACGAGAGGGCCGGCUGCGCCGAGUGCUACAGGAGCAACGUGCAGGACCCGCUUAAGUGCGCCGAGGCGGUCAAGAGGUUCGAGGCGUGCGUUCGCAUGGCGAGGCGGCGCGGUACCACCAUGGGAGCUGCUCAGUAGGCAGUGGCGCUGGGAGUCGGGGCUGAGUGAGCGAGGUGUCGAGCACACGAUUUUGCUUCUGUCGGGAUGAUUGAUUGAAUAACCUGCCUGGAUUUUUGUUUGGUGAGACCUGAAACACCAUCAGUUGUAGAUUAAUUCUGG